AAGAAAAGUGUAAAAGAGAAAAAGAAAAAAAAAAGAAAAUUGAAUAGAUGGACCUGCUAACAGACUGAAGUAGGUCUGAAAUUGCUUCGUUUUCCCCUAGAAGUCAGUGUAUGUAGCGCUUUAUAGUCCAUAAACUAAGCCGGCGGUGAGACUUGUGUUCUUGAAGAGCGAAGUUGGCCCAGUUGGGCGGGGCUCGGUGUAAUGGCUCUGCUCUCCACUAGAUGGCGCUGCUAGCCUACUGGGGUGGAGUGUUUCAGCGCUCAAAGGUGCGUAUGCGCCUACGCACAUGGGCGGGAGUGGUGGAAAAUGGCACCACCCAGCCACCCAGUCUAUUCUCCUGGAUCAGUAGUCGCGCACCAGUCCUCCAUCUUCAGCUCUCGUCCACUCCCUGCUUUUCCACAUUCCGUGACCAGGCCCCAGGCAGUACCUCUCUCCCGAGUUUUGCCUCAGAUGCGGAUGUUUUCCCCAGCCCUUUACUCCCGAAGGACUGCGGCUUUGACCCAUUCCGCCCUUCUGCGGGAGAGUCUUACCGAGCAAUGGCCGAAUGAGCAAUGGCCGAAUAUCAGCUGCACCCAGGAACGCUUGCUGGACCCUGCUGCUGCCGGUGUCCCGAGACUGGCCAGGUGCCAGCCCGUCCCAGAAAAAGUUCGUGAGACAGUGUAGCUGCAGCGUUUCAGGGAUGAUGGAAAAUCACAACACACACCUGGCACCAGGCUUCACCCUUAAAGACUUUGUUCCAGCACCAGCGAAUGUGGCCGCCUUCCGGGGUCUGCUGGGACCCGGUGGCUUCAACAGUCUUUACCAAGUGUCCUUCCAACAGUGGAACCGCUUUUCCCCGUGUGGCCUGAGAACCUCCCGGACCGCACUCUGUUCCUGGGGAUUCGCCCUUCCCACCAGAGCACCACCAGAGGCCACUUCCUUCAAAGAUCAAGAUGGAUUUGGACUUAAAUCACCGAGACCUAGGGGUGUAUAUAUGCUUUACACAGGCCUAAUUGCUGCUACCUGUUGGCUGGUUUUCAACAUAUGGAUAUCAAGAUGCCUUCCUGGACCACUUGUAAAUAAACAAGACACUGUUACUCUUGAUGAAGAGUUCUUGAGAAGUGGUUUUACAUGUAGAUUACUGGGACUCUCAGAUACGAUGGAUGGCAGGAUGUCAUCAUAGACUGAGUUUUUACGUUGGACAAGGGAUGAAUCACUCUGAUCUCAUCACUGGAAUUUACUUUUUACCUUUCUUAAAUUUAGCUCUACAAAAGUUUCCUUUUCAUCAACUAUGGGUUCUGUUUCAAUAACAAGUUCUUGCAGUCCUUCAAUAACAACAAGUCUCUGCAUUGUGAGAAGGUCUUGUAGUUAGACUUUCUUUGCUGAUGCAUGCAAGGAAAGCUUCAACAUUGCUAUUCUUUGAAAAGUGUGGUAGAGAUUUCUAGUACUAAGUAAUCUCCAGGUUUAUUCCCCCUGUGGACAUGUGAGAGGAACCCUUUUCCUUGCCCCUUGCAUGUGACUAGUUCUGGCCAAUGGGAUAUGAGUAAAAGCCAUGUGUGAUUUUCCAGCUGAAGCAUUUAUCUGUUAGUGUGAGACACUCUAUUGCUAAGAUAUGUGUCUAGAAGCAGACUUUAUGGGUUGUGUUGCUAUGUAUGUCUUCAACUUUAUUAUAUAAUGUCUGUUUUGCUUGCAAUAAUUUAUACUUUGGCCAAGGUGAUAAGAAAGAACCCCAUUUAUCCACAUCAUUACUCAAUUUGUAAAUAAUUAACAAAAUUUUGCAGCCUAUUGGCUAUACAGUGGUCUGUUUUUGGUAUAAAAUUGCAUUUCCACAAUUACUAGUGAAAUUGACAAUCCUUUCAUAUAUUUACUGGCCAUUUGGGCUUCAUUUUCUUUGGACUGUUCUUUUCUGUAGGGAUCAUGCCUCAUUUAUAAUUUCUUUAAGUAUUCUCUCUACAUCUUGGUAACUGUGCACAUUCAGAAUCUUGCUUUCACAAGAAUGACGUCAGAAAACUUGCAGCUAGUGUUCAGCAUAUAACCUAGAUUCUUCCAAUCAGAUGGGCCCAUCUAAGGCUUAAUUUACAAGGGAGAAAUGUGAGUGGUAUCUUUAGGGUAACAGUAGCUGCUGUAUCAAUCUCAUUCUCGGCACUGAAAUGAUAAUACAUUUACUUCUCACUUAUUAUCAAAGUCUGAUGUGGGAGUUCCUGGUGGAGCAGCCUUUCAUGUGGUCUCUCAGGGACUUAGGCAGUGGAAGAGGUGAGAGAGGACGAUCUAAGGAGGUUUCUACAGACUUUUCCUGGAGACAGUACCCUUCCUGUCUACCUACAUUCUAUUGGCCAGAAUUCAGGCACGGGCCACACCUAACAGCAACAGAAAUAUAAUCUAGUCAUGAGUUUUGGUGAAUGCACAGUAGUUCUGCUCCAUGGUGCAAUGAUCUUUUGAUUAGUGUGGUGACAGUUGGCUGGUUCCUUGGGGGAAAGCGAUAGUGGAGGUUUUUAAAUCUCAGAGCAGUGUGGCAAUGGUACUUCAACAGAAGACUCCACAACGUAGUUGUGUGUUCUUCCUGCUCAUGUAGCUUCAGCACUUGGCCUUCUGUCCCUCCUAGUAAUUCUGCUGGCUGUCUACUAUCCUUCAGCAAGUCCCUUGACUGCUUGGACUAGCCUGCGUGGAUUUCAUGAAUUGUAGAUAAGAAUCCUGAGUGUUGUAGUUUCUUACUGUCUUUUUCUUUUGGUUAUUUGUAUUUAUCUUUGAGAUGGGCCUCGGAGUUAUUUCUCUACUGAAAUAAGUAAUAGAGUUUGCUUCUUUCUGCACAGUAGCCUGUAUGCCUUACUUGUGUUAAUAACAAACCUAUGGCCACAUGUGUGCAAAAGCUUGUUCACAAUGGACCCAUUUUGUAAGUUUCAAGCCCAAAGACACCUAAACUAAACUAAAUAAGAACCUCCCUAAAUUAAAUGAGAACAAGGUAAAUAUUUCUAAUUCUUUUUUUCUUUUUCAUAAUUCUUCUGAAGUUGAGGUAGGAUCGUCUGAUUUGGAAUCUCAUCAUUGCCACUAAUGACGAGAGGUGGUGUUGAGAGGGCAAUCCUAACCCUUGAUGGGGUGCUGGCCCCUCUGCUUCCCUCCCCGUUGGGAGUCCUUCAGGCUGGGUAGGGAGGCUAUGACAAAUAGCUGGGAAUCUGGUUGUGUGAUCUUAGAAAUCAACCAGGUAGAGAAUCAAGACAGACUAAGAGAUCAUGAUUAAUCCUUUAUAGAUUCAUGGCUAAUGGGAGAGGCAAGAAUUGAGAAGUUUUAGGGUAGUGUGCAAAUCCCCUGAUAAUUGAGCCUCUUCAAAUACAAAUUUCUCCACUUUUUGGUUCAUAUUGGACUUAAAUGAUAUCCAAGGGUGACCAGUUUUAAUAAUGCCACUAUCUAAUUCUUUCAGUUUAAAAUUAGCUAGGUCUCAAUUUCAUCAUAUGUAAAAAUGAAGGGUUUCUUCCAGUUGCCAUUUGAUUUGAUUUCAUUAGCAGAUUUUCACUGAUUAUUAUUUUUCAUUGCUUUCAAUAUUCUCCACCAGAUGGCUCUAGUCUCUCAAUGCAAACUCCUAUCCACAGUCUCCUUUUGAGCCAGCCUUGUUUUUGUGGGUUAUUCUUCUCUACAUGCUCAGCAUGCUCAACUUCUACUCUUCUCCAAGUUAAAAAAAAAAAUAAAAAAAAUUAUUUAUUUUGAGAGAGACAGAGGGAGAGAGUGCACGUGCCUGUGCACGCGAGUUGCAGAGGGGCAGUGGGAGAGAGAAAAUCCCAAGUAGGUUCCUGGCUGUCAGCAUGGAGCCCAUUGUUGGGCUCCAUCCCAUGAACUGUUAGAUCAUGAUCACAGCUGAAACCAAGAGUCGGACGCUUAAAUGACUGAGCCACCCAGGCGACCCUCUUCUCCAAGUUUUUAAACAAAACCACUUAAUAGGUUUGAAAGCAGCUUCUUCUUCCUAUAUUCCAUAGCACAUUACUCUCCUUGCUUAAACCGUAGAUCAAGACUUAAAGAGUAAUCUGAUAGAUACCAAGCUAUUCUCUACCAUAAUCCCUACAGUGGGUUGUAGCCAAGCCUAUUGGGCCACACCUGAAGCUGGCCCAUGGGUACUGUUGGAAAUAGAGUGCAGAUAUAGGCAACCAGGCAGCCAAAGUGUCCCCAUAUGGUUUAGGAAGUUCCUAUGAAAGUCAGUGACUUAUUCUGGGUUCUUCUAUCUUGGUGGAUUCCUUAUUCUACUUGACCUGAUGAAACCACUCAAUCCUGGGGCCUCACACAGAGUGUGAGGAAUUAGGAAGGCAACAGAAAGUGUUCUACUCAUCUGUACCUUUAUUCUUGUGUAUAUUCUUUUCGUUGCCUGUCAGUUAGUUGGGUAGCAAACAGAUGUGAAAGCAACCUUAAGGCCAGUCUGAAUCAUCUUUCUGCAAAUUGUUGAAUUCAGAUCCAGCUCAAUCUCUAAUUCAAUUCCGUUUCCUAAAAAUAAUCCUGACAUCAUAGAUACAUCUGUAUAUAUAUGUGUAAUAAGUGAUUGGAAAAUUGAGUUUUAUGCUGGUAUGGACUCAGUUUGGAACAAUGAAAAGACUCUCAUUUUUCCAUCCCUGGGUUAUGCUGUUUUUGAAGAUCUAGAUCCAUUAGGGGUAAGGUUUGUUGGCAGAAGAAUGUUGGAGAGUAGAAGAGAAGGAAGAGGUUGGAGACUUGGCAUAUGCACUUAUUCAUUCAACAGAUAUUUGUCACUGACAUGCACCAGCCACUUUUCUAGAUAUUGGGUAGAUAGUAGCAAGUAGGUUUGGCAAGGAUCCUCCUCGUAUAGAAUUGAUGUUCUUCUGAGGGACGCUGAAAACCGACACAUACUCAGUAAAUCCAUUGGUUUCAGAGAGUCAUCAGUGCUAUGAAGAAGACGUAUGAUAGGGCUGUGGGACACAGGAAUGAGGUGCGAUUUGAGCUGAGGGACUGGAAGCUUGAGAGGCAGUGGCUAAGCUCCCCCAGGGCUAGAAAGAGGACUGUGAGUUCCACAGACAGGGAAGAGCUGAACUUAUCUGAAUUCAGCAUCUCAGCGAUGGAAAGACCUACAAAGUCAAUGGCUGCUAGACUGUCUGAACACUGGUUAUUAAGGGAUUCUCCCUCAUGGUUGAACUCAGCAUGGAGGAGCGAAUAAAACUGCCUGCCAUUGAGUACAUGUAGUAUGUAUAUCCUGGAUUGGGAGCAAAGCAGUGUAUAUCACCUUGGGGUGAUGAUCAGGAACUUCUGAUUAUUUGGAUCCUAUAAGCUUCAUAUAAUAGACACUAGACUUUUCAUCACCUUUGGAAAGUAAGCUCUCAUUAGAUUUAAUUUAACUAAAAAAAAAGGCAUUUCUUAUAUCCCCAACAUAUAUAAGUUGGUUCUUAUAGCCCCAGAACCAACUACACAUGUGUUACCUAUAAUUGCCUGCCUUGUUUUUCCUAUGAGAACAUCAGUGCCUUGAGGUCAGGCACUUGACCUCAUACACAGAAAGUUCUGGUGACUUGAAAUCUAACAUUCGGUAGCCAUUUCAACAACAAAAAAAUCUUUUUUAAAAAGUUUAUUUAUUUUGAGAAAGAGAGAGAGAGGCAGAGAGAGAGGGAGAGAGAGAAUCCCAGGCAGGUUCCACGCUGCCAGUGCAGAGCCAGUCAUGGGGUUCGAACCCAUGAACCAUGAGAUCGUGACCUGGGCUGAAAUCAAGAGUCAGACACUUAACCAACUGAGCCACCCAGGUGCCCCCCAAAUCUUUUUUUAUUAAAUUUAAUUAAAUAUACUGAUGAGUGUGGAGAGAGCUGUGUGAAAAUGGGGCAUCAUUUGGCUUGUCCAGGCCGGGACAAGUAAAUGGUUAGAUCCGGAGGGGUGCAUAAACCUCCUUUUGGCUGUUGCCAUUGCUUGGGGAUGCUCAUUUUCCUCAAGGCCUCUGUGACCUGGGCCUGUCCUGUACUUCAUGUGUCUGUGACCUGGAAGGAGCUACAGGCAGUGAGGUGUAGGCAGAGGCUUCUGUGACCCAGAAAACGCCGGCCCCUAGUUCUUGUGGGCUGAGUGACACAUCCUGGACGGUUAUACCAAAGGGGCUGGAUCCCGCACCAGGAAGCAGGCUCCUGUGAGGUGCUGGCUCACGAAGGGCCAGAAGGUGCCAAGAAACCUGCAAGGAAAGUGACGUUGCAUCUGCUGUGGGUGCAUGAUGCAUCUGCCAGAGUCCACGCCUGCCACCUGUUUCUGUGCGCUCCUCUGACUGGGGCGGGGGGUGGGGACCUGGGGAAGCAAAUGCAAAUGCGAGUUUAUGAGGCGACUAGGUUGCCAGGAGCCAGCCCACUGAGCUCCUUCUCUCUUUCUCCCGAACAUCUUGGCUUCAACGGAAGGCGCUGUGUCAAAAUAGUAGAUUCUGUGCCGGUCCCGUGAUGGCACGCCAGGUUUUUGAGUGGGCAGGUGUUGUUAGCUGUUGGAGCUAGUUGCUAAGGUUUGAACCCAAACCGGGAAAAGGUGGGAGUGGAGCAGGCAGAGUGGGAGAGGGAGAGCAGCUGCAGGGGGAGGAGGUGAGUCAGCGGAAAGAGCCUCCUCCUUCCUUGCCUGCCCACACCUCUGGCACUGGAACCCGGAGGCCAACCUCCCAUCCUGCCCCUGCCAGCGCUUGACAGCCCAGACCUACCCUGAGUUUGCCUGGGCUGCUGAGAUGUUCUUCCGUGUGCUUAGGCACUUGGCCCUGCCGCAGCUUGGAGGUGUAGAUGGAGCAUUCCCGAACCACCCCCCCCCCCCCUUUUCUGGGAGCUCCUCCUUCCCUACAAUCUGUAUAAAGGAAACCUCAAACCAAAGCUUAGCUGGCUCCCUUGCUUGGACAGAGCCUUCCCUUUGCCUUUUAGCUCUGGGCUCCGUGUAGGGAACACAGUGACCCCAUGAGCGCCUGUUUCCUACUUGAUGUCCUGUCUCCUUGAGAAGUGAUUGUCACUCACUGGGAGUCAUUUAGCCCCCUUUCCACCAGAGAACAAGUUUUAGUGGGCCCCCAGCAGAGCUAAAAAUAUUGUCAUAACAAGGCUGUGCGUGGGGUCCGCUCUCAUUUCUGUAACGCUCUUUCCAAAAGAACGAAAAUUGGAGAGACCAAGUUUGGACUGCAGGGAGCAUGGGGGUUUCUCCUAUCUGAAUUCUAGAGGGGGUGGCAUUAGCUCUGUGACCUUGAAUCUCUGGGUGUCUGUUUCUCUGGUUGUAAAAUGACCAGGUUUGUAAAAGGUGAAAUGAUGACCAUGAUGGCUUCCAUUUUUGAAUUGCACGGCUCUUUCCUAGCAAGUGGGGCCGGCACUAGCUCACAUGGAGCUUGCUGUCCAUGAUUUAGGAGAGGUCACCAAGUUUGCUGCUGUGGGUGUGGCCCUAACAGGUCUGGCCUGGGGAUUGUGUUUCUGGCCCCAGAGGCUGAGAUUGACCAAGAUGACAAGAAGCCAGAGGUAUCCUCUACCUCUAAUGUCAACUGAAAUAUUCAUAUAAAUCCCCCUGAAACGACUCAUUAUUUUCUUCCCUUUUCAGAGGUCUUUGAGUUAGAGAAAAAAUAAUUUGGGCAAUUUGCUGGGUUUUUUUUUCAUUAUUAUAGUAAAAAACAUUGAGAACCCAUUUUGAGCUAGAAAUACAGACAUAAAACAGAUCAUGGUUUUCUUUUAACAAUGUUUUUCCUCUUAGUGUUAUAGAGCUGGAUCCUGCUGGUGAAAGGCCGAAGGUCCUGGGGAGAUGUAGUGGUGGUGGUGGUGGGGUGGUACUGAAGUUUUCAGGUUCUAAGGCUUGAGGAAGUUCAAAAUAUUCAAAUUUUGGGGCGUCUGGGUGGCUCAGUCGGUUAAGCAUCCGACUUUGGCUCAGGUCAUGAUCUUGUAGUUCAUGAGUUCCAGCCCUGUGGCGGGCUCUGUGCUGACUGCUUGGAACCUGGAGCCUGCUUCAGAUUCUGUCUCCCCCUCUCUCUCUGCCCCUCCCCUGCUCACACACACUCUCUCUUUCAAAAAUAAACAUUAAAAAAAUUAAAAAAAAA